AUGCCGAAUGAGAUUAAAGCAUGUCAGACUGCUCUUUUCCCUUAUCUGUUGAGCUCCUCCGCUAUAGAAGAAGAUUUUCUUGGCUUUGAGGAACAUCUUAGAGAGGGUGCUGAUAUCUCGAGUUGUGAUGAUCGCCGUCGGACAGCUUUGCAUGUGGCAGCAGCACAAGGCCAUAUAGGUGCUGUUCGCUUCUUGCUGCAGCAUGGAGCAAAUGUGCACGCCUUUGAUUGUAAUGAAGAAACUCCUCUUUGGGACGCCAUACGCUGCAGGAGUUUGGAGGUGGUGGAGCUGCUACUUUCUGCAGGGGCAGUUUUGGAGAAAUCCACUGAAGAACUUGGAAUUCAGAUGUGCUGUCUUGCAUACCUUGGAAAAUCAGAAGAGAUGGAGGCGUGGAAGGCGGCUGGAGUCAGUUUUAAUGUUGCUGAUGCUCAUGGCCGAACUCCCUUGCAUGUGGCGGUGUGCACCGAUCAACCUGAAAUGGUGAAGUUUUGUAUCCACAAUGGAUCAGAUCCUGAGCUAAGAGACGGGUUCAACAACAGGCCUAUAGAUGAUGCUCAGAGACUAGGCUUACAGCACAUGGUGGAGCUGUUGACUUACCAAGCCCACCAGCCCACCAGCCCAGGCCACAGAUGGAUGAAAAGUCCAGAAUAGUGAGGACAAGCAGGCAUCUGUACUUGUGAAA